AUGUGGGAGAGUUCGCUAUCUAUCUAUCUAUCUAUCUAUCUAUCUAUCUAUCUAUCUAUCUGUCACUUUCAGUCUGUCCAUUAUCUAUCUAUCUAUCUAUCUAUCUAUCUAUCUAUCUAUCUAUCUAUCUAUCUAUCUAUUUUUCUUUUAUUUAUUAUUUUUUUAAUUCUCUCCUGUUUCUUUUCUCGUUCAACCCCUUCAUUGAUUUUGCUUCUCCUUUUCCCUCUCUCUCUCUCUAAUUAUACACCCCUCUCAUUUUUCUUAUUCGUCUGUUUUUCUUUUUUCUUUCUUUCUUUCUUUCUUUCUUUCUUUUCUCUAUAUUUUCUUAUUCUCUCCUGUUUCAACCCCUUCUUUCUUUUCUCUCUGAUUUCCGCUUUUCUCUCCUACAUUGAUUUUGCUUCCCCCUUUCUCUUUCUCUCUCUCUCUCUCUCUCUCUCUAAUUAUACACCCCUCUCCUUUUUUCUUAUUCCUCUGUUUUUCUUUCUUUCUUUCUUUCUUGCGUCCUUUUUUCUUUCUUUCUUUUCUCUACAAUCUCUCUCUGUCUCUCUCUCUCUCUCUCUCUCUCUCUCUCUCUCUCUUAUGGUUUUUCUUCUCAUUUCCCCGUCUCCGCUUUCUCCCUAUCUCUUUUCUCUUUCCUAA